GUGUCGCGCCAUGUUGAUCACCGCUUUCUUUUCCGGAAUCGAAAUGAAUGAAACAUGACAAAUACCGUUACAACUGACUCUGAUGCCUGGUCUUCUGUCACUGAACAAAGUAUUUUUCUUGACGAUGGCCUUAAAUUUCUUGUGGGGGUUCUCCAACCGCCUGCUAUGUCUACAGAGUGCUCCACAUUCGUGCAGCGCAUUUCGGAGCACGAGUUUGAAACUUCUUCAAACACGGAACUUUGCCGACGCCUUCUGGAUACAUGUGCUCUACAACACAGCUCUUACUACAAGCUUUUUGAUUAUCGUCAGCGUGCUUUGCUGGGCCUCUGGCAGUCACAGAACUCCAAGUUAACAACAUCAUCGAAAAAUUCUCGCCCUCCUGCUGUUGAUCCAUAUCCCAAAGACGCAAAACCGAAAGUUCCUUUGCAGGAUGUUUCUUUUUCGUCCCAUGUUAGCCUUCUCCUUCUAGUUCCUAUUUUAGAAUCUCAAAGUCGGACAGAUCCUUCUCUAGCUGGACAGUGUUCAGAAUUGCUACUACAUUGUCUUCAAAAUUGUGCUCCAAACUCUCUCGCAGCUGAGCCUACAAGCUGCAUCAAAGGUUUGGCUGAUUUGUUGUGCAGUUGGCUCCAACAAGCCAACGAUGAAGAGGAUGUCAAUAGACAGGAAGAACUGGCUCGGUGUGGAGUAAAGCGAGAGAGUCUAGUUGCGGCUCUUGUCGCUUUAGCUUGCGCGAGGCUGUCUGGGCACCUAUUUAUUCAAGUACUUGAUGUCCUUCUGCAGCAGAGGACUCCACUGGCUAAACUACCUGUUGGUGCCGUACUGAAGAGAAUGGCAGAAUAUGAAAGGAAAGGUUCAUUCAGUGAACUUAGUGUGAUACAAACUUCUCGGUUUAUCUCUAGCUGGCAAUUUCACACAAGUUUAACUGAAUUUGAUGAUUCAAUAUACAACAGUGACCAGAUUAAUACUCUUGCUUGUGAUGGAAAGUUCUUGUACCUUGUAAGCAGGGAAAGUAAAGGGCUUGUCAAGAUUGGUACUGGAAAGUUGGGAACUUUCAGGGGGGCUAUAUAUGCCCGAAAUACUGAUCUAAAGAACGGAUGGCUAACUUUUGUACAACAGUGGUUGUUAUUUCGACCAAAGCAAUUUGAUAACCAACCUGCAAACUUAUGUUAUGUUCUGGAUGUAGUGUCCCUGAAGGUCUUACAGACAAUAGCAUUUAGGGAUGCAGGUGAAGCAGGAGAUGAUGAAACCCAAGCUCUGCAAUGCAAAACAAUACAAUUACUGAGUGAUCAGGUUCAUUUAUUUUGGCUGUGGUGUUCAAAACCAUCAGAAUCUGCCCGUCAAGAGAGUAGAAAAGUGGAUUUGUGGCUACAAGAAUUCAAAUUAGAAGCAUGUGAUGAUAGCUUAAAAGCCUCUCCUUGUAAAGAACCAGUUGUUGUGUCAAAGAGGGAAGAACCUCCUUCUUGUUUGUCAUCACCAUUGCCUGUCAGACAUUCACCUACAACACCUACUGGACAAAAAGAUACUGAUGAUAUUGUCAGCUGCGGUGUAUCAAUGACUACUCUGAAGCAGUCAGCCAUGUUCAUCAGUGGUGAAACAUUGGUCAUGGUAGUUCCACAUCUUACCAGUCCAUCUGGUCCCAUACUGCUGUCACUUAGGGGACAAAAAAAUCCAACGAAUUAUUGUUUCUCAACUGUGGAUGGUUCUUGUGUUAAGCAUGAGAUUGUUGUUAACUCAGCUUCACCAAAGUGGCAAGAUUUAAUAGCACCAGGACUAAGUGUCUGUCAUGAUGCAGUUAACAGUAGGCUGUGGAGUUAUUGCUGCAGUCAUAUUGGUGAAUGGGUGGCUGGUGGACUUCCAUCCUGCAGUCAAAUAUCUCAGCUACUGGGAACUUCAAGCUCUCAAAGUGCAGCAGUAACUACACAAGAUUCAGUUGACCCAAUGGAGGCUUCUUCGCUACUAGCACAUCACAUAACAUACCUCUGUAGACGACAAAAUGCUAAGACAAAAGUGGCUGUAAUAGAAAAUGAGGAGAUUUAUUUUGGUGAUACUUCUGACUUUUGUAGCAUAAGGCAUAUCUGCAAUGUUUUAAAUGCUGCCAUCACCAAUGGCCAACAUGAUGUCACAAUAGCCAUGCUAGUUGCACUACAAACUCUUUUGAUACAAGUUAGUAAAAGCACAAUCAAGCUUGAUGACAACUCUGUUAAAGAAGUAAAGCAUCUUGUUUGGAAACUGGUUCAGUCUCCUUCUGAUUCCAUCGGAGCUGAAAUCAAGCUCGAAGCUUCUAAGGUGUUGACAGUUGGCAUGGAAGUGUUUUAUUCCACUCCACUGGAGAGGAGUGCUCUGCUAAUGCUUCUAUUGUCCGAGGGAGAGUCUUCUUCAGACAUGGCAAUACUAUUGAAUUUUUUACUCACAAAUUUAACUGAGAACUUAAUGAGUCAUAAACCUGAGGCAUCAUCUAAGGCAAGAUUUGCAGAAGAUGUUGUGUUUGCUGCUCUGAGAGUAUCUGUCAAAGAGUCAUGUAACAUGAUCAGGCAGUGUAGUCAUCUGGAGGAUGAACCAUUUUGUGCUCUGGUCACCAAACAUCCAGAACUUUCUCCUGUUCUGCACUAUGUCACAGCUGUCUUUAUUAGAAACUGGAGAGCUUUUGUGCUCUCUGAGGAGCAGGAAUCAGAUCUCAAGGUUUCUGAUGAUGCUGUAAAACUACAUGUAGCUGAAUGCCAGGAGCUCUCAUUAAAAAUUCUAGAAGCUUGUCAACAGAUUCUUGAUGUUGUUCUAGAAGUUCUCUCCAAGCUGUCAGAGGAGUGCAAAGGAAAUGUAAAAUCAAGAGUUGAGGGACUCGAGCAUGUGAUGAAGGCCACCCUUGUGGGACAGACUCUCCCUGUCCUGGCAUCAGUCGUGUCCUCUGAGAGAUGUCUCACACUGUCCAUGGCUAAGAUCUUUGUACAAAGUGUGACCAACUUAACAGUGACUGCAGCAAGGGUCGAGCACGAGGAAAAACCUCCUAACCUGUGCUUCUUUGCUUUUCAGGAGCACGAGGAAAAUUCUUCUAACCUAUCGUUCUUUGCUUUUCAGGAGCACGAGGAAAAUUCUUCUAACCUAUCGUUCUUUGCUUUUCAGGAGCACGAGGAAAAACCUUCUAACCUGCCGUUCUUUGACGACUUGUACCUAAACCUCUCGGUACUCACCCACAGCCUGCUGAUGGUUAGGUACCAGGGCCCUGCAAACACGGAGGCCGAAGAUGCUUGCCAGCAUUUACUCGACUCUAAACUAUUACAAAGGAGUAGGCGGCUCUUCCAGAUAAGCGUGCGGGCUUACUAUCAAUGGAUAAAGUACUUAGCCAAGAGUAAGGAGCUUGAGUUGUUGUGUUCACUUAAGAAUGUUGAGUUUGAUCCCAUAGAGCAGGAAAAAUCGGUGGGCAAACUGAUAGAGUGGCUGGAUACAGAAGCAAAAGCAGAGCCCCAAAAAGCUAAGAGUUGUCUGGACGGGAUGCCAGUCACCAAGAAGUUUCUGUUUUCUAUUAUGGAGUGUGCAGAGCUGCUUUGCAAUGUGACUAUUGAGGCGAGCGGCAAGAAACCUCUACCAGAGAGAAGUAUCUCGCACUAUAGCGUUGCAUCGCAUCACGAUCAACAAUCCAAACAAGUCACCUCCAAGGGCGAGAACCUUGCUCCUUCUUCGCCACUUCUCAGUCGGUCAUUUUCAGAGCCAUCCACCUUGGAUCAAUCCACGUCACUUCAGGAAGGCAUACAUGACGUACGUAGAUUGCAGCGCUGGAGAACGAACGUUCAAAAGAAGCACAGUCGGGCUUCAUUUGAAAAUCAGACGCAUUCUGAUGCAAGAACUUUUGUUUCAACUGUGGCCGAGAUUUUCACUUUUAUUGGCAGCGAUCCAGAUAAAGCUGUGACCUGUUCCAGUUUUCUCGCUGCAGCUCGCGUCCGUAAUAAACGAGGGUUAGACCGUGUACAGGCUCUCCAAUUUAUGAUAGAACUGGUUACAGUUUGCUCCCGACUUGGUUUGCAUUUGCCUUAUGUAAUGUCUGCCGUGGCCUCCAUUCUUGGUCUAGGUCCAAGGACUGAAGAGCUUAAAUGCGGAGGCAUGGUGCGAGAGGUUCGCGACAUGUUCUCUGCUGCGGUCCAAGCCGUGGUCCAGGGGGCGUCUUCUGAGCCUGCAGUGUAUCGUGACAGCGUAUUAGUGCUCUCUGUCUGUCCGUUCUCGUGGCACGAGGAGCGCUGUGUAAUGAGGAGCGGCUUGGUGUAUCUACUGGAUAAACUGUGUUCUAUGAGAAGCAAAAAGACUGACAUAGCAGUGAAUCUGUCCGCUAUGGCUUGGGCGGGUUUUCAGGUGCUUUUGGAUCUGAUAGUUCAGUGGGAGAAUGGUAAAGAUUUCCGCCCUGGUGCUAUAGAAUGGUCUGGCUUAGCCCAUCAAGUUUCUAGUUUGUUGUCAAACUACCUCAGCUGUGUACUGGAGGAGAGCCGUAAGGACAGUGCUGCUGCUAGAGACGCUCUGCAAUACGUCAUGGAACUGUUACACGGAAUUAGCAGGAGUAAACUUGGAGAAGGAAUUCUUCGUGAGCCACGCACCAUCUCCACCCUCCUAUCGCUCCUACUGGAUCGCCAAGCGCCUCCUAAACUAAUAUUAAUCGUGCUCAAACUCUGUUGCUCGGCCUUGCCACUAAUGAGCGCCAAGACCUGCGAGGAAGUGGAGUUACCCUCCUCUGCCAAGUUUUAUUUUGGAGGGAAACAUGAAGAGAGCCUAGAAGGGAGCUCAGUGUUCAGAGUAGCUAAACUGCUUCUUGCUAAGCUGGGUGACUUUGUGCUGCCUUCACUGAAUCCGGGAAGCGAAGAAGAUCAGGAGGAAGAUAUGGACGAAUAUGACGACAGUGAGAUCGCAGACAAGGAUGGAGACCGCAUGUGUUUGUAUGUACAUAAAAGAGAUGACCAGCCGGCGCAUGAAGUGGUUCAAAAGUUUCUCAGUACGAGCAGUAUGGGCUUUAUCUUUAUCGUUGGACAAGGUUCGGAGUUGGAACGCGCGGUCAAGCUCGACCAAGAGCUGACUGAGUUCGGUCGCGGCGUUCUUCUCACCGACACUUUGUCAGCGUGCUUAAAGAAGGCGGCUGAAUGGGCUCAGACAGGACUUGUGGUCAGUGUUGGUCCUGCUGCCCUGUUGGAAAGAGGUGGAGGGCAAAGGAAACCUUCAGAGGGUUCCGGAGACCCGGAAAGAGUCUGUAAAGCCAGAAACAGCCGUCUGUCAAGGACCGAAACCAGCCGUCCAUUCAUGAGUGGUCAAGUAGCUCACAGCAUGGCUUCUGAGGUAAUCUCUCUGUUGCACAGCUUACUAACGCAUUCCACUUCUGAGACCGCUAAGAUAUGGGCUUCUUCCGUGCGGGAUGUGUUGUGUGAGGCGCUUAAUUAUGUGCCCGGCUUGGUUAGGACUCUGGAAGCGGAAGGAAGGAUCUUAUCAGAUGGCGUCCAAGCGGCCUCCCAAGAACUGGAGCCUGAAGUUGAUGGGAAGACUGGUCAUGAACAAGAGUGGUUUUUCAAAGCUAGGAAUAUUAUGGCGUCUCUCUGUGCUCUGGGUGGUUUUGGCCAAAGUGUCCACUCAGGGUGCACAGUUCAGAUAACUGGAGAAGAUAUGGUGCGUACACCAGGUGAAGUUGUCAGUGUGUCCGAAAGGCAGGGUGUGGCUACGGUACUUCUGGACAAGGGAGGGGAAACCUACAGCGAUAGGGUACAGGAGAUACCACUGGCAAGGCUUAAAGUUGCGAACGCUCAGGUUGUGUUUCUUAGCGAAUUGUCUAUGGAAGAACAAACUGUUGCUGCUUUACUUACUAUUUUAAAUUCGAAAGAAGUGAUUCUUGAUAAGCUUUUGGAAUCGGAUCAGAGUGAGAAAGUUGUCCUCACCUCACCUGCAGCAAGAAUACUGGCGGAAAUGAAAACAAGAGCAAGUAUGGUGUUAUCUUGCCAGAUACAUGACUCAUCCUUUAUCACGGCCAUUUUAAAAAACCCGUCACUCGAACUCAUCUCUAGAUUAUCAGGGGAGUGCGAUCCAGGCUUAAGACUCCCUGUAAUACAGAAGCACUGCCAGCAGCUGCGAAAACUCUUCAAAGACUUCGUCAAACCUUCCGAGCCACCCAAGAAAGUAACUAGGAGCGAAAAACAGAUAGUGCUCGACGGAAGUCGGGUCUUCCCUCCCGUGCGGGGAUGCGUUUUUACCGAGGGGCACACCUGUGUCCACUUCAUGGCCGACCCUACGGCAGGUUUCGGACUUCCAAGGGGGACGUUUGUGUAUGCAAGUUCUCCAUUACCUCAAAAGGCACCAUCCUUUUACUGGGAAGUCGAACUUUGCUCCCUGGGAGACAAGGAAGAUCAAGAACCGGGACCUUGUAUUUCUGUGGGAUUUGCCCCUAGGACAGAUGUGCUUGCCAGUGGCUGGGUAAACCCUGUGGGCUCAUGCCUCCUACACAGCAAUGGCCGUGCAGUGCUCUACAGAACAGGUGGGCUUCUACAAUGGAAAACUGUCUCGUUGAAUAUUGUGAUGAAAGAAAAAGACGUUAUAGGGUGCGGAUAUAAGAGAGCUGAAGAUCAGGCCGAUAAAGGAACGGUGUAUUUCACCUGCAAUGGCGAACGGUUAGCUGAAAGCCUAGACGGGGUGCAGAGUGGUCUGUGGCCUGUACUUCACAUUCAGAAGAAGAACGUGCGUGUUCGCGUGAACUUUGGUGCUCGGUCGUUCUUCUACGCAGAGGGUUCCAAACACCGUUUGGCGGCCGACUUGUGGAGUGACUCGCUAGUGGAUGUCAGACAGGGAUUCACUGAGCUUCCAUUUGCUCUCGAACCUGAUCAGGAUGAGGAUAUGAAAGGAAAAGAGCCUCCUAAAGUUUGUAAACCCUCUCCGCCUAAACCUGCACCUCUAAAUAUCCCGAAUGACUCAGCUAAAGAAUAUGACCCACUGUCCUGCCUUCAAUACAAACUGACAAGUAGUUACCACAGAAUGACGGAUGUGGGACCGGUAACACCUCUCCGCGCCAGUGAGGAGGGGAACAGCCGGUGGGGAGAAGCCCCGCCAGUAGAUCCCGCUCGUUUGUUGGUGAAAGCUUGGGAGGAGAAGGUGUUUCCCGUCAUUAGAAGACGAUUUCGUUCAAACACUGACCGCCAGUCGGGGCUUGAGCAAAUUAAGGGAGCUCUGCUUGCAGGAAUGAUAGAGAUCGCAAUAGCAACAGUAGCUGAUUUGUACGAAGAUAAUGGCGGUAUCCCUACAACCCUUCAAUUUCCCACCCUCGAUGACGUCAAGGCCGACGUCAACAAGGUGAGCGCGGGGGGACUGAGGCCAGGUCAGGCUGUAUUCAUAAACAGCCCUACUCUGAACCAGGCCGCCUCUCUACCUGGCUUUGCAGUCCCGGAUAUGAAAAAGACGUUCGGACUUACAGGGGUUGUGAAGAAUGUUGACAAGCCUCAAGGAUUAGCCGAAGUAGAGACAUACAACAGAGAAGAAGGAACACUAAUGAGAUUCUGGUAUCCUAUCAAUGCUCUUGAGCGGCCAACCGCUGGUCUGGCACGUUCGUCAUCGCUGGCUUUGUGCAGCGAAGACCGCACCCGCGCGGAUCUUUAUUGUGAGCUGCUCCGAAAUGAGGCUAGUAUGACCCGGAUGUACUGUAGAGAGGCGCAUUCCAGGUUGCUUUCAAAGCUGGCGGAGAAUCAUAACCAAAUGUCAGAUAUUUUAUCACUCCUCCAAGCCCUCGCUGUCCAAUUAUUGGCUGUGCCUCAGUCCAAUGGCACCAUCAUUAUGACGUCACCUCACUCAGCCUCAGACCCCCGUCACUGCCUCACAGCCAACACUUUGCAACCAAGCACUGUAUUCUUCAGUGAACCUGCGAUGCUGAUUUCUGAGGUUCGUAAGCUACUGUGUUUGGCAGUCGAUCAGGACGAAGAAGAGGUCCUAAGGAUGGUGAAUACUAUGUGUGAAGUGCUGAAGUGUCCUUCCUUGGGAGUCCACCACCGUGAAAUGUCAGUCAUGGCGGGAAAAGAGGACGAAGUGGUGUACUUUCCUGGCGCGGCGGUGACGGUGGUUUCGUGUCGAGAAGAUCCCGGAUGUUUAAAUACAGGGGGCUUGUCAAACCCUAAAUCACCGUGUGUGUCCAUUUCAUGUUAUCAUGGAAACCAGAAAGUCAACAAAGAUGGCCAAGUAGCUCGGUACAAGGUUGUUCAAUAUCCUAACACAGCCGAACCAAACUGUUCAGCACCAGCGGGAGCGCAUCUUUAUCCAGAUGUUAUUCUUCCAUGCAAUCGUCUUGAUGUUCGCUGCUCAAGCUCCGCUACCGAAGGACUCGUGCUCCAUUUAAACGCUUUUCCUGCGGAGUUCUUUUUGUCACUUGUCUUCAUUGAAGUCUUUAUUUCAUUUUACGAGGAAAAUUCCGUGGAGGGUUUUCGAAAUUCGAAGAACACCAACACGAGUGGCGUCGAAGAUACAAGUAGCCGGAGAAGUUUGAAUCAGAAGACCGUUGUGGACAACUUGAUUGAGAUUCUCAGUUCUUUUCUGAUGAAGUCGGAUUUGCCUGCGGUUGUCAAGGAGAUUAUCUAUCACUUACUGGGACAACUCAUCAGAGUAUGUCACUUUGUGGAGUCACAGGCAAACCAACCUCAUAGUGCCGAUCACUUAAGCGCAUUGGACCACGCCAUGUCGCGAUUGAGUCCUCUACGAGUUGAGCUGCAGAAAUUGUUAGAAAAAGAACUUUCGGCUACGAACACUGCAGCGCUGGAUUUCAUUCUGAAUUGUAACUUCGAACACAGUGAGUUCUCGUCUUACCUGCAGGCUCUUCUUGGGUUGGUUUCAGCAACCAAUGAAGUAUCAUCAAGCCAAGGAAAAUCAGGCAGAGGUUUGUCCAUAAAGGAGGUUCGCGAGGCGUUACAGGAUGCGGUCUCUUCGGAUAAGACUGACAAUGUAGUGAGGUCUGCUCCACCAACAAGUGUCGACAACAUGUUUAACUUUGAAGCGGAAGCUGCUAUUCCUCCUUCGGCCACGGAGACUGCGGCCACGGAGACUGCGGCAUCGUCCGGUCCUCCUUCCCCAAAGGUUAAGGCGAGCGAAAGGCGUGGCAGCGUGCGUCGGCGAAAAAGAGGCUUCGGACACGGCGUCACGUCUCCCACAGAGAGCAUGCCUUGGUUUGAUAAGGUCGUCAGCACCACACUGCUAUUGAGAAAUCUCAUUCAUAAAGAUUCAAGGGGAUUGUCCCAACUCUCUGAUAGUUUGGCUGCGGUCAUUGCUGCCAAAAGUACAGCACUGCAACGCCUUCUUGUCAUCACUAACAUUGCCACCACCUUGAGUAAGAAAGAAGCUGUGGAGGCUAUUAAGAAAGCUUGCAGAGCGAGCGGAGGUAUUCACGAAAGUGUGGUGUACAUCCCAGAGGUCGAGUCGCGGGGUAAAACAGAGGAGCCAGGCAGUGAGAAGGAUGGCGAAAGAGUGGAUUCCAGGGUAAAGUCAAUGACGGAACUCUUACCCAGUGCCCAGAGAGAAAAGUCCGACAAGAUACUGGGUUAUGCUGUCGUAGAGUUGAAGAGUUCAAGUCAGCUUGACCUAGUGUGUCAAACCUUGAUGUCUAGUAAGACGUUAAAGGAUCCGUCUUCGACAGACUCCAGCGUUGGUGUUGCCAAGGUCAACUCUGAACUUCUUAUGGAAGGGACUAACGAGCUCACCGCGUUUGCAGUUUUUGACGAGUUUUUAAACGCUAGAUUGUUUACUGAUGAUACAGCCAAAUUGCUGUCUGAAUUGGCCAAGACAGCUCUGGCUGAAAUUUUCUCGAGUUGUGCCCGCGUUUCUAAUGAGGAUUCCUCACAUGCCACAGAGGCUAGAUCCAUUAGUGUGGACAGUGUAACUGACACAGCCCUCCAAACUGCUGCUGUAGAUCUACGGAGAGCUGACACCGCUAGUAUGGGCAGCACAAACAAGGCAGAAGAUACUGAAUCUCAAGUUCGAGCAGAGAUGGAAUCAAGGUCACAGGAAAUUCCUCGCCAAGAUAUAGAUUUGUUCAGUAGCAAUAGUGUACAGGGAGUAACGAAGUCUAACCAGAUCAACCUUACUUCCAUAACGGAAGUAUUGCUGGCUAACGAUCAAAUUUGUAGGGUUACACCCGGGAACUUGCUGCUAUCAUUUUUCAACGCCGUGCGUCACGCCAAAGAAUCAACCAUACAACUUGUUACCCAGAUCUUAAGGAAUCACGGAAACCUUGUUGAAGGAACCGAUGAAAGAGUGCUUGGACUUGAUGGGUUUCUUAACUGGGCGUUGUCUCGUAGUAGUCAAGGUGUUCGAUCGAUAUGGAGAGGGCUUAUAGCUUGUGGUUAUGAUCUACAAUUCAAACGGUGCACACACUUCCUUCCGUCAGAGAUGGAAUCAGAUCAUGCUAACUGGCCUGUAGCACGUGACCACGCCCUUGUUCUAUACGUGGAUACCUUGUGUCGGGCCUGGUCCACCACUCCGUCCCGUCUGAUGCCAGAUGAACUCCUUCUCUCUGAGGUGGACCUGACAGGAGAAGAUUUCCAUCAACUACAAGGUGUGUCCCUAAGAAGCCUGAGAAGUCGUUUUGCGUUCCUCAAGUCAUUAAACGCAGACGUAGAACGCCUAUUGUUGCCUGUGACCGACUUUAGAGCCGCUGACUCUUACAACCUGAGCACCGCUGCCCUUCUGAGAGAUGCUCGCGGCCUCCUUUUCUAUCACACUAAGGUGGCGCUGUUGAAUCACGUGCUCAACCACACUGCCCAUCGCGAAGCUGAUGAUCCGCCGCCUGAAGUCUCCAUAGAUCCACUGCAGUCCUUGGAAGCGGAUAAGGUGUCUUCAGCCGGGCCGCAGUUUUGUCAGGCCGCUCACAACAUUACUGCAAUUCCUUCCAGUGGACUCAGAGUCAAGGUCGCCACCGGUGGAGACCCAGUCUUCCCUCUGAAAGUUGUACUCCAGGGAGAGCAGGUCCUGGGGUCAGGCGGCUCAUUCCGUCACUUCAUGUGGCUGAUGGCGCGUGAACUCCAGGGUACCCAUGUGGGGCUUUUAGUACCAUGCCCUAGCACUGCUGCUAACAAGAACAAGGGAAAGUUUAUUUUGAAGCCGGGUCCCAUGACUUAUACGGAGGAGGAAUUACUUAUCUUUUUUGGACAGCUACUGGGGAUUGCACUAAGAGCUGAUAUUCCACUCGCACUGGAUUUGUUACCUUGCUUCUGGAAAAGCUUGUUGAACCUGCCGUUGGACCCGCAGGACGACCUCAGAGAAACUGACAUUCUCACUUAUAACUACUUACGACGAUUUUCAGAGGUGGAAAGCGCGGAGGAAUUUCAAAUGUUGUGUUUUGAAGCUGAUCUGUGCCCAUAUCGAUUUGUUUACACCUCCCUCGACGGCGAAGAAGUAGAACUGUGUGAAAAUGGAGCUGAUGUAGCCGUUACAUGGGAGAAUCACAGAUCAUACGUACAAGCAAUUAGAGAUUUACGACUCAAGGAGCUGCGAUGUGAGUCACGUAUGGCGGCUGUUCGUUGUGGUCUGUCCUCAGUGGUCCCUCUGCACGUACUCACAGUCAUGACUCCGCUGGACAUGGAGAUUCGAACGUGCGGGCAACCCUCUCUUGACCUAGGAUUUCUCAAGGCCCACACUUGCUAUGUAGCAGGGGUGAAAGAUACUGAUGUGCACAUUGAAUACUUCUGGAACUCAAUGGAAAGUUUUUCUCAGGACCAGCUGCGAAAAUUUGUGAAGUUUGCUUGUAAUCAGGAAAGGUUACCAAGCCGAUGCACUUGUCAGGACGGCAAUCCUAACACAGCUGAUGUACACGUCCCGCCAUACCCCAUGAAAAUUGGUCCCCCUGACGGGAGAGGUCCUUCAGACGCGCGGUACAUACGGGUAGAAACAUGUAUGUUUAUGGUGAAACUACCUCAAUACUCGACCCAAGAAAUUAUGACUGAGAAGUUGUUAUAUGCUAUAAACUGCCGUGAAGACCCACUGACGGAUAUCACGUAACGCUGUUCAAAGGAAACUCUGAAAAUGAAAACAAAAACAAAAAAACAGAAAAAAAACCAUCAUCAACUGAUCAGAAGGAUUAAAAAAACAAAUGGAGCGAAAACUGUAGGUGUUGUUCAUUUGGUGGUUUUUUGCGCAGAGUAGCCGCGGAAGGCAUUGGAAGGAAAAGACAAUGACUUUGCAUUCUGUUUCUUUGGCGGAUUAACUGCACCUACCUGCUAAUGAUAUAAUGUCCUAAAGACAAGUGCGUGCAGUAUUUUCUACAAAAUGACUUAUAAGCAGUAAUUAUUACACAAUUCAAGUUUCCACGAUGAUUUAAAACGAAUUUGAAGCUCUUUUGGAUCAGAUAUUUAUGCUUGGCGUUAGAAAGAUCGAAAAUGUUGGUGUUUUUUAACGGACCUUAUUUGAUAUAUUAAUACAUUUCCAUUCCUGUGUGUAAUGAUUUCAUUAUGCAUGUGGUUACAACUAAUGAAGUAAUUUUAAACCAAGUUUUUCCAAGCAAAAAAUAGUAAAAGAUUGCAAAGAGUAAGAAGUAUUUUAAGAUCAUUGUGAACCUUGCCUCGAAGUGAUUAUUUUCUGCAAGAAAAACAAAGUGGAUAUUUUACAAGUAUUACGAUGAUAGAAAAAUAAACUUGAUAAUUUAAAGUUCCUUCUCUUGUUUAUCUCUCAUCUUAUUCUGUUGUAACUAAAUUUUGAUUUUCUGGGCCACUUUUUCUUUGUUAUUUCCUUUUCCUGUAUUGACUGUCAGUGUAAACGUAAUUUUACCGGGAGAAGGACUCAAAUAAUGAUCGUCAGCUUGUAAACAGGAUUAUGUCAAUUAAACAAGACAUUUUA